GCUUCUCAUAAAGUUAAACUUUCUAUAUAACCCAGCAAUUCUGUUCCUAGGUAUUUACAUAAGUGAAACAAAAUCUGUGUUUUCAAAAAUACAUUACACAAAGUUUUAUACCAGUUUUAUUCAUAGCCCUCAAAACUAGAAAUAAUCCAAAUGCCCCUCAACUGUCAAAUGGAUUAACAAUCUAUGGAACAUAAAGAGGUGAGGAAGCCGGGAAUAGAGGAGAAAGCUGUUUCUCGCUAGCCUUGGUUCUCGCGCGCCAUGGCGGCCCCCGUCCAGCAGCCUCCUCGGUCUAGCGGUGGAAAGCGCAAAGGGAAAGCUCAGUGUGUGCAGGCCAAGGGGGCGCGGCGCUGCGACGGCGGUGGGCCACCGCAGCUGGAACCCGGGCUACAGGGCCUACUCAUUACCUGCAACAUGAACCAGCGCAAGUGCGUGGAGGAGGCCUACAGUCUGCUCAACGAAUACGGCUACGACGUGUACGGGCCGGAAAAGUACAAAGAUCAGCAGCCCUCUGGAAGUGAGGCAGAAGAUGAUGAUGUGGAGGCUGCCUUGAAGAAAGAAGUUGGUGGCAUUAAAGCAUCUACGGAGAUGAAGCUAAGAAGAUUCCAAUCAGUGGAGAGUGGAGCAAAUAACGUAGUCUUCAUCAGGACACUUGGGAUAGAACCUGAGAAAUUGGUACGUCAUAUUCUUCAGGAUAUGUAUAAAACCAAGAAGAAGAAGACUCGGGUUAUUCUACGAAUGUUACCUAUUUCGGGCACAUGCAAGGCUUUCUUAGAAGACAUGAAAAAAUAUGCAGAAACAUUUUUGGAACCCUGGUUUAAAGCUCCAAAUAAAGGGACAUUUCAGAUUGUAUAUAAAUCUCGAAAUAACAUCCACAUGAAUAGAGAAGAAGUUAUCAAAGAAUUGGCAGGAAUAGUAGGCAGCCUCAAUUCGGAAAAUAAAGUGGAUCUUACCAAUCCACAGUACACAAUGGUAGUGAAAAUCAUUAAAGCUGUCUGUUGCCUGAAAAAAAAAAAUCUAUGGAACAUCUAUGCAAUGGAAUAUUACUCAUCAGUAAAAAAAGAGUGGACUAAACGCUGACGAAUUUCAAGUGCA